AGGUCGGGAGAAGGGAAGAUUGUGGAGCGUCUCUGUCGGGGUCGCAGGUGCGGGAACUGCGCAGCCGGGACGGGGACUUCGCGUGGCCUGGAGCUUUGCUGAGAGCCGCGUUCUUGUGGCGGGGGCGGAAGCGGGACGUCUCGGGCCGUCCUCUGGCCCAGGCGGGACUGCAGUGCCCUGUUCUGGCCUGGACCUCCGCCCUGGGAAGCUGAAUCUUCACCGUCCUCUACACUCUCCCAAAACCUACCGAAAAUGAACAUAUCUGAGAUUGAUGAGAAAUGUGCUUUCACAGACAUCAGUGUCAUUCAGGGACGUGACUGUGGAGUUUACCUUGGAGGAGUGGCAGUGUAUGAACUCUGCUCAGCGGACCCUGUACAGAGAUGUGAUGCUGGAGAACUACAGCCACCUUGUCUCAUCGGGAUAUUGUUUAACAAAACCAGAUGUAAUCGUCAAGUUGGAGCAAGACGAUCCAUUGUUGUUAGAGGAAGAGAUUCUAAGCAAGAGCCAUGCAGCUGAGUCUUCACCGUCCUCUACGCUCUCCCAAGACCUACUGAAAAUGAACACAUCUGAGGUAUUAUCCAUGUCACCUAAUUUUGAAUUCUUCAGAUUGAUGAGAAAUGUGCUUUCACAGACAUCAGUGUCAUUCAGGGAUGUGACUGUGGAGUUUACCCAGGAGGAGUGGCAGUGUAUGAACUCUGCUCAGCGGACCCUGUACAGAGAUGUGAUGCUGGAGAACUACAGCCACCUUGUCUCAUUGGGGUAUUAUUUUACAAAACCAGAUGUAAUCAUCAAGUUGGAGCAAGAUGAUCCAUUGUUAUUAGAGGAAGAAUUUCUAAACAAGAGCCAUACAGACAGCAAACUUGAUAACCACUUAGAGAAAAGUCUGGCAAAUCAAGGAAAAUACUUGCAGGAAGACUUUUUUGCUCAACUUCAGAAUAAAGACACAGUUGAGAAAACUUUCCGCCAGAAGUCACACUGCAGAGAACAUCAGAGCACUCACUCAGAAAUAAAGACCUUUGAAAUUGGAGGUAACUUAAGCCCUGAUGCAGCCCUUACCAUACCCCAGAAAUGUGACACAAAAGGGAGCUUCUGUCAUGAUACCAUAUUUUGGCAAACCUCGCCCACUCAGACUACCUUUAGUGUACAUCAGAGAACUGAAAUAAGGGUGAAACCCUAUGGAUGUAAAGAAUGUGGAAAAUCCUUCUCUAGGAAGUAUUACCUUAUCGGACAUCAGAGAACUCAUAGUGGGGAGAGACCUUAUGCAUGUAAUGAAUGUGAGAAAACUUUUACCCACACGUCACACCUCAGAGAUCAUCAGAGAACUCAUACAGGGGAGAAACCUUAUGAAUGUAGUGAGUGUGGGAAAGCUUUUAGCCAUAAGUCAACCAUAAAAAGACAUCAGAGAAGUCACACAGGUGAGAAACCCUAUGAGUGUAAUAAAUGUGGAAAAGUCUUCUAUACAAAGUUUCACCUCACUGAGCAUCAGAGUAGUCACACAGGGGCAAAACGCUAUGAAUGUAGUGAGUGUGGAAAAUCUAUCUGUAGGAAGUCAUACCUUGUUGUGCAUCAGAGAAUUCACACAGGGGAGAAACCCUAUGAAUGUAAUGAGUGUGGAAUAUUUUUCUAUAGGAAGUCAUACCUCACUGGACAUCAGAGAACUCAUAGUGGGGAGAGACCUUAUGCAUGUAAUGAAUGUGAGAAAACUUUUACCCACAUGUCAAACCUCAGAGAACAUCAGAGAACUCAUACAGGGGAGAAACCUUACGAAUGUAGUGAGUGUGGGAAAGCUUUUAGCCAUAAGUCAACCCUAAAAAGACAUCAGAGAAAUCACACAGGGGAGAAACCCUAUGAGUGUAAUAAAUGUGGAAAAUGUCUCUCUAGGAAGUCUCACCUCACUCGGCAUCAAAAUUCACACAGAACAGAAACCUUAGCAGUGUAGUGAGUGUGGAAAAUCCUUCUGUGAAAAUUCUCAUCUACCUCUGCAUCAGCGAAUUCACAGAGGAGAAACCCAAUGAAUGGGUUGAAUGUGAGAAAGCUUUUAGCUAGAUGCCAGUCCUAAAGACUUCAGAGAACUCACACUGGGGAGAAAUCCUAUUAGUAAUGAACGUGAGAAAGUUUUCCCCUGUAAACUAAACCUCAGGGUACAUCGGACAGUCCCCACAUGGGAGAAACCCUGUCAACGUAGUAAACUUUAGAAAACUUAAAGCAGCAACCCAGGCCUGAGAACACAUCAGAGAAGUCACACGGGGAAAUCCCAUUAACUUGAUGCAUAUGGGAAAGCUUUUAGCCAGAAUUCAGGUCUUAGGAAACAUCAGACUGAGAAACUCUGUGAAUGUAACAGAUAUGGGGAAACUUCAACUGGAAGUGCAGCAUCAGAGAACUCAGGGGAAGAUCAAUGAAUAUAAUAAAUGUGGAAAUUUUCUCUUCGAGAAAUCAACCAUCAAUCAACAAAACUCACAGAGAAGUCCCCCAUGUGUAUUGUGUAUGGAUAGUGUUUCAACCAGAUUUCAGCCCUCAUUGGACAUUAGAGGACUCACACAAGAGGUAAAUCCUUGAAAUUAAUCACUUAUGAACAGUCUUUCCGCCAGACUACUCAGUGGGUGUUCGAAAUUUACACAGGAAAAAAAUCCUGUGAAGGUAAUGGAUGAGGAAAACUUUUCUCCCCAAAGACCACCUUCAAUUUAAUUGUACUGGAAUCCAACAUGAGGGUAGUGGGAAUUAUGCACUUUUUAUGUAAAAGCUAUCAUUAUGUAAACACGUUAGAGGAUACAUUUGGAUAGUUAAAAUACCUCAUGUUCCUAUUUUCUCUUACUGUCUUCUGGCCAGUGUAUAAAAAGAUGGACGAUUGUUACUGAAUUGCCUCUUCAGGAAAGAAGCCAAACAAUGUUUUCUGCAAGACUUUUAUUGUCUCAGGGUCACCAGUGCAUUUAGUGUGAACAUUAUAUUCAUUAUGCAAAAGUCAUAUGCACAGUCGUUUGGAGAACAAAUCUGAUUCAAUUGAGGAGUUGCUGUGAACAGUGGUACUCACUAUUUACCCUGUAAACAGAAAAAGAAGUUGUAUUUCCAUUCUCCUUUAGUUCAAAAUAUUUUAAAAUUAUCUGGGACUCUUGAUCUACAUGUUAUUUAGAAGUGUGUUGUUCAGUCUGCAAAUGUUUUGAUAUUUCUGGCUGUUUUUUUAAUUAAUUCUAGCUUCAUUGUCUUUUGAAUUGUGCAUUAUGACCCACAAUGUUGUCUAUCUCAAUCAAAGUGCCAUCUGGGCUUAAAAAUGUGUAUUCUGCUGUUGUAGAAUAAAGUAUUCUAUAAAUGUUGAUUAGAUCCCAU